AAUAAGUUUUUCUGUAAUAACUUUGCAAAUAAACAACUGAACACCUCUAUCUACAAAAGACAAAAAGGGUUUUCCAAAUACUUUAUAGGCCAAAUAGUAAUUAUUACUAUCUUCAACUUCAACAACAUGAAGCAAAUCUGAAAAAAGAACUUGACAAGAUUUAUAACUCUAAACGUUAUUAAAGACAUCUAAAGCAUCUCCGAGAGAUUACAAUCAAAAUAUAAUUUUACUUAAUUGUUACUACUAAUAAUAGCUGUGAGGAAAGACAUACUGCAACAAAAGAAAACAGUCCCAAUUGACGAAAAUUUAAUAAAAAUUUAUAAUUUAUAAUUACAAUAAUUGGAAAAUAGUCCUGCAAAAAUGAAAGCCAAAGAUAAUCAAUCCACGAAAAUGAAAGCUAAUGAUUUGAGCAAGGAGGAAAAAGGAGAGUCGCCAAAGAUCUAGAGGUCUGAGGGACAGGAGUUCUCAUUGAGUCAUCUGGAGGAAACUACAAAUCUUUCCCAUUCUUCUUUCCUUUUUACCUUUAAAUUUGUGUUUGUUUGGGUUAAUCUGGUGCUUGAUUAAUAUUGAUCCAACAGCUCAAGUAUAUUAGGCAUGGAUUGCCACUCAACUCUCAAUACUUACCAUUGGAUUAAGUCCAUCCAACGGUUGCUGUUGGCCCUCCCAUCAGAUCACAGAUCACCAUAUCAACUGUUAGAUUUGUUAUGAGCCAAAAGGUUGUAAUUUUAAACACAGAAUUUUUCCUUGAAAUUUUUAAGGGCACAAGACAACGUUACAUUUAUAACAUCUUCAUAUUAAAUUUGUUAUGACAAUUGGAAGAUGCAUUUCCUGACUAGACUAAUGUUAUUCUGCGCAAUCCUAAUUUGGAAAUCUGUCAAAGAAGUGACAAAGAUAAAAGCACCACUUAUUUAAGAGUUGUUUGAAUUGUUUAAAGCAAAUCAUAGAUGUACAUGAGCAAUAUUUUUAAUCAGCCUGAUGUAAGGAUUCAUUUUCAACCUUUUCGUUGUUUAGAUUUUACAUUUUUCAUUUAAUAGAAGAUUCAGUUUUUAUUGGUUUAUCAUCUUAUAUUUUGCAGCCGGCAAGGAAAUUGCAAAUUGAACUUACAUGUGUUGAAGACCUGCAAAAUGGAUUGCAAUUUUUUUUUCCCAAAGCACAUGGCAAUUUUGGUUCAAGAAGCUCGAUAAUUAGGGUUGAGUUUUGAUUGAAAGAAGCAGGGCGUAAAAGGGUGCAUCCCCAAAUUCACUACAAUACCUCCUUCCAUGUUAAUAAGUCUUCCUACAUAUGUUCACAUUACACUUAAUCUUGUGUGGACAUAGUUGUGCUAAAAACUUUCCUACAUAUGUUGUCAUGUGUGCGUAUGAAUGUGCAUUGGUAUGGUGUGGCCACUUACUGAUGUGAGUGCAUUUGCAUAAUAUUGUGUACAUGCAUGUGCAUAUCUCGUGUUCUUUUGUGUGGUUAUUUAUUUGCAAUUUGUGAUAGUGAAGAUUACAGGAAAUCAUUUCCUAGACAUAAUGGAAAUGUGACAGCUUGAAAAAUAAACCAUGCUUUUUCGU